GAAAUACUGUCACUGAAUGGACCAACUGUUAUUGUUUCAGCAGCUAUUGAGCAAUUGUAGUUAUAGAAUGGGUGUAGGUUGCUGACAUUCACUUGAGUAGUACUAGAAACCAUCUGCAAAAUAUCGCCAGUUUGAGUACUACAACUGUUAGCAUAUCCUGGAUCGCACCCACUUCUUACAACCCUGACAGAAUAGUUAGAUAUGACAUUGAAGUCACUGAGGGUCAGUUAGGACUGUCUCCAGUCAAAGUCAACUCAAUGGAAACGUCCGUACUGGUAACUGGUCUUGAAGAACACAACAAAUACAGCUGUAAGGUCGCUGCAGUCAGCAAUUCUCAGGUUGGACAAUUCUCUUCCCUUGUUAACUUUACCACUUUGGAAGCAGCUCCAUCAGCAGCACCAGAGUCUCCCACAGGCAGUGCCCUCAGCUCUGAUACCAUCAGACUUGAAUGGGACCCACCGGCUAAAGUGGACAUUAAUGGCGACAUUGAGUAUUAUGUGGUGGAGGUUGAGGAAGUUUACACCGGUCGCAUGUGGACCUUUCAUGCUGUUGAUGUCCACAUCAACAUUGCCUCACUCCAUGCUUACUAUGUUUAUAGGUGCAGAAUUUCUGCAUUUACUAUAGCACUGGGCCCUUUUACCAGCUAUUACAAUGUGUACUCAGGAGAGAAAGCCCCAACUGCUGCUCCAGAGAAUUUGUCAGUUGUUGAUGAGUCUCCAUCUUCGGUCAAUCUGACCUGGGAUUCCCCACCUUACGAGAUGCAAAAUGGACGUAUUCGUCACUACAAUGUUGAAAUUAAAGAGGUUGAGACUGGGAAAGUCCUUGAGUUUACAUCUAACUCCACCAAUAUCACCAUUGGAAACCUAGUCCCUUUUUAUAACUACACAUGCACAGUGUCUGCUGAGACUGUUUCAGAGGGACCCUCAUCAGACGAAAUCACCUUUGAGGGAGCUCCUGAUGGACCACCAGAAAAUAUCUCUGGUAGGAAUUCUGAUGGUGUUAAUGUCACUACUGAUGAAGAUGCUGCUGAGACAUCUGCCGGUCGGGGACCAUUUAGCUCAGCCAUUUCCUUUACCACCGAUGAACAUGUCCCUAGUGAGCCCAGUAGCACUGCUUCAAGAAGAGAUGGGGAGCCGAACGAGCUACUGGUGACAUGGACUGCACCUGACUCCCCAAAUGGAGUAAUCCUUAAUUACACUGUCUACUGCAAUGAUUCAGAGUCUGUGGUGACCACUUCAGUCUCUGGGACUCAGUUCUCUGCUGUUGUGAUGAACUUGACACCUUUUACCUAUUACGACUGUUAUGUCACUGCAAACACCUCGGUUGGCGAGGGAGAUCAAAGUGGAACAAAAACUAAUCAAACCGAUGAAUCUGAGCCUGGUGAUGCACCUACCAACUUUAUCUCAACUGUCAUCAAUGCUACUGCAAUACGGUUGACAUGGGACGAGCCAUUAUUACCGUACGGUGUUAUAGUGUCCUAUACAAUCACAUACAACACGUCCAAUGGAAACAUCUCAAUAGUUCAGAACUCCACGGAGACAAGAGAACUUGUAGUGGUUGAUUUAGAAGAGCACGCCCGGUAUAUGUUUGUGAUUGCUGCAUCAACACGAGUAGGAAGUGGCCCAUCUGCAUCAGUUGUAACAGGAACUGAUAUUUCGGAGCCUCACUCACCACCAUCAAGUAUCACCUUUGAAAUAGACAGCAGUACAGAAGUAACAUUAUUGUGGCAACCCCCACCGUUUGAAGACCGAAAUGGACCAAUCACCUACUACAGUUUGAUUCUCACAGAACUUGUUUUUGGUCAGGAAAAAUUGUACAUAAAUGUGACAGCUCUCAGCUACACAUUUACUGGCCUGGAAGAGUACAACAAUUACAGUUUCAUCAUAGCAGCUGUGACAGAAAAGGGUCUUGGGCCUUACAGCUCAAAACAACAUUUUACAACAGAUGAAGAUAACCCCAGCUCUCCACCGUCUAAUGUGUCUGGGGAUGUCAGUAGAGAGGACAUAAAUAUAGGUUCUCUGCACCCAUUCUAUCGCUAUGAAUGUACUAUUGCUGCCAGCACCAGUGUUGGUGCAGGGCCACGUAGUACUGCUAUUAGAGUUCAGAUGGAAGAAGCAGCACCAAGUGGGUCGCCACUGUCACUAACAUCACAGAAGACUUCUACAUCACUCACACUCUCUUGGGAUCCACCAGCAAAUGAGUCACAGAAUGGUGUUAUCCGCCAGUACAUAAUUAAAAUUCUUGAGGAUGACACAAGCGCAACGACAGAGUAUAACUCAAGUGUUUCCAUCAUAACCAUUACUGACCUUCACCCAUAUUAUACUUACAAGUGUUCCGUGGCAGCUGAGACUGUUGAUAUUGGACCAUAUACUGCUGUUCUCACAGUACAACUUGAUGAAGAUAGUCCUGCUGCUGCUCCAAGAGAUUUCUCUGGUGUGGCCCUAUCAUCUAAAUCAAUUAGCCUCUCAUGGAACCCACCUACUCUGGAAGAUAGGAAUGGUAUCAUACGAAGCUACACUAUUAACUCAACAGAGUUGGAAACCAACAAUACUUUCAGUUACACAUCAGUCGGCACCACCUUAAGGAUCAAUUCACUGCAUCCAUACUACCGAUACCAGUUUACAAUCACUGCAGUCACCAUCAGCUCUGGCCCAUCAUCUGCUGUCAUCACAGUCAGAACACUGGAGGAUGCCCCUGGUUCACCAGCACAGAGUAGCACAGUUGAGAGGACCACAUCUACCACAAUCUCCCUGAGCUGGGAGCCACCAGUAGAUGAUCAAAGGAAUGGAAUAAUCACACUCUACAUCAUCCGUGUUGUAUCUGUAGAUGCAGGGACGACUGCCUACUAUAACUCAUCAGUGCUAAGUGCCACUGUGACACCCCUGAAACCUUACACUACAUAUGAGUGUUCCAUAGCUGCAGAGACCAGUGCAGGAAGGGGUCCAUUCAGUAGUCCUAUCACUGUUCAAACUGAUGAAGCAGCUCCAAGCAGCUCCCCCCAGAAUCUGACAGGAUCUAGUACAAGUUCAGACACUAUAAUAAUUUCUUGGUCUCCUCCUCCUGCGUCUGAUAAUAAUGGAGUCAUUCGGGAGUAUAGGAUUAACAUUACUGAAGUGGAGACCGGGAGGAUUUUCUUCCUAACAUCCACAACCACAUCCAUAACAGUACGAUCCCUGCACCCAUACUACACCUACCGUUGCACUAUUAGUGCAUACACUGUUGGAGUGGGGCCCUAUACAACCAUUUUCAGUAUCAGAACUCCAGAAGACGUACCCUCUGGAUAUCCUCAAAGUUUCUCAGCCUCUGCCACGUCUUCACGAUCAGCCAUCCUGACGUGGGAUCCACCUAAUCCAGAAGACAGGAAUGGAAUCGUGAUAGAGUACACCAUCAAUGUUUCUGCAGUGGAGACUGGGGAGGUGUUCCAGCUAACAUCAGCCACCACAUCACUCACAGUGACAUUGCUGAGACCAUUUACAACAUACAGGUGCCUCAUUGCUGCCAGUACUAGUGUGGGAAUUGGUCCAUUCAGCACUGUGUUCACACUGGUUACUCCAGAGGAUGUUCCCACAAGUGCACCAAUAUACCAAAGUGGAGUUGCACUAAGUUCCAGCAGUAUCUAUCUCUCAUGGGACCCUCCCCCUCAACUAGAGCGACACGGGAUUAUACGCGAAUACAAGAUCAACCUCACUGAGCAGGAGACUGGGGUUUUAACAACAUAUCGCACAUCUAGCGAGUCCAUUGAAGUAUCACUGCUUCACCCAUUCUACACCUACACAUGGAUAGUGACAGCAGUCACAAUAGGUGACGGUCCCUUUACUGCAACUAAAAAUGUCACAACACUAGAAGAUGUUCCAAGUGGCCCUCCUCUGAAUAUUUUCUGCUGUGGAAGUGUUCUCAAGGAGUUUUACUCUCACUUGGGAUCUUCCAGCUUCAUCAGAGAGGAAUGGGAUAAUUACUGGAUACAACAUCACUCAAAUACGUUUGUAGGAGGUGGACCAUUCUCUCUUGAACUCACUGUCCGUACUGCCCAAGAUGUUCCUGGUGCUCCUCCAAGUAACACUACUGGAUUGACUUUAAACUCAACUCAUGUGUACCUCACUUGGGAUCCACCACCACCAGAUCAGAUCAAUGGUAUCAUCCAGGGCUAUAGGAUCAACAUCACAGAGCUGAACACCGGAGCCAUGUCCCAGUUCAUAGUGGAUGACACUGAGGCAGUCAUUGGACCUCUGCAUCCACACUACAACUAUAACUUUAGCAUUGUUGCCUUCACCCUGGUUGGACAUGGUCCAACUACAUAUGUUGUGUUACGAACUACUGAAGCAGCACCAUCAAGCGCUCCAGAGUCCUUCCAGGCCUCUGCUGCAGACCCCACUUCAAUUAGUUUGUCCUGGAGUGCUCCACCACUGGAUAAUCACAACGGAAUCAUCAGACACUAUGAGGUGACUCUAGUGGCACUGGAGACUGGAGAGAUCCACAUACGCACCUCUGUGGCUUUGACUCUGACAAUUACAUCUCUGAGACCGUACACCACCUACAACUGCACCGUGGCUGCUGAGACUGUGGCCAUUGGACCAUCCACAACAGGGGUCCUUGUAAGAACACUGCAAACAGCCCCAUCUGCACCUCCUGAGAAUGUGCAAGUAUCAGCUGAAAAUUCAAGGGCACUGACACUCAGUUGGCAACCUCCUGGCAUCCGAAGUAGAAAUGGAAUUGUUCAGCGUUACUAUGUUAACAUUACUGAGCUGAACACUCAGUCUGGUGUUGUGGUUGAAGCUACUGGUGAGAGUGUGGUGGUGGAUGACCUUCACCCAUACUACCAGUACAGCUGUAUUGUGGCCGCAGAAACUGUGGAGCUUGGACCUUUCUCAGCUCCAGUCACUAUUCAACUCCCUGAAGACGCUCCCUCUAGUUCUCCAACUGCACUGAGUGUAUCAUCUGUCACUUCAACUAGUUUAUACCUCUCAUGGACUGAUCCUCUUCCUGUGUAUCAGAAUGGCCUGAUUCGCCAGUAUCUCAUCAACAUCACAGAGUUGGACACAGGGAAUGUAUACUCUUACUCUGCCAUCACAACACAAUAUAACAUUGGGUUCUUGCACCCUUACUACUACUACACAUGCACUGUUGCUGCAGUAACUGUUGCUGCUGGGCCUUUCUCUGAUGCAGUCACAGUACAGACUGGAAUUGAUGUUUCAGCAGGGCCUCCUCAGGGUGCAGCCACACUAGCCUUGUCAUCUUCUUCUCUUCUUCUGAUCUGGAGUGAGCCACUGCCAGAAGAGCAGAAUGGUCCAAUAGUGGGAUACAUAGUGAGAAUAACGAGAGUAGGCAGCAGUGAUGCCACCGAAUUCAACACAAGUAGCACAAGGUUGCAAGUGGACUCACUUGUUCCAUACACAUUUUAUGAGUGGCAAGUUGCUGCCCAGACCAGCUCUGGCAGUGGACCUUUCAGUAGCCCUGUGACUGAGCAGACUCUACCAGAUGCUCCUGAUGAUGUUCCUCAAGAAGUAGUAGCAGUGACUGUUGAGUCAAGACUCAUAGAGCUUUCCUGGUCUCCACCGCCUACUCAUACUCACAAUGGAGAAAUAGUCCAUUAUCUUAUCAUUUACACUGAGAUUCAGACUGGAACCAACAACACUGUUGUGUCCUUUGACACUGAUGUUGUUCUUGGAAACCUCCACCCGUUUUAUGAUUACCUCGUGACUAUUGCAGCAUACACCAUCGACUUUGGACCAUCUUCCAGUCCAAUUAUUAUACAGACCCUUGAAGACAUUCCUAGUGCUCCACCAACAAAUAUAGAAGGCACUGCUCCAAGUGCCACAGUCCUGAACAUUACCUGGGAGCCACCCAGUCCGGCUCAGCAAAAUGGCAUCAUCAGGGGCUAUGAAAUAACAAUUUCAGUCCUUCAAACUGGUGUAUCUCAGCAGCUCACUUCCACUGGCCCACGGCUGAUGCUCUCCGAUCUUCAUCCAUUUUACACGUACUCAUUCCUAAUUGCUGCUGUAACCAUUGGACCUGGCCCUGUUGGUGAAACAUUCACCAUUCAAAUGCCUCAGUCCGCACCGGCAAGCCCACCACAAAAUAUGUCAAUCAGUGUUGUUAGUUCACAUUCCAUCUCUGUUACCUGGAUUCCACCACCUCCUGAGGACCAGAAUGGCAUUAUUACUUCCUUCAUCAUUUUAGUCUACAAUGUUCUAUCAGGAGAGAGCAUGCUAUACCAGAGGGAGAGUCACCACUCCCAGCUUGUGGUGGAGUUCCUUCAUCCUUACUAUGACUAUGAUGUGUCUAUGGCAGCUGAAACUAUAGAGAUGGGUCCAUUCUCACAAUCACAGAGGGUCAAGACCCUUGAAGACAUUCCAAGUGCUCCUCCCAAAAACCUGACAGUCUUUGCCGUUCACUCCAGACUGCUAGUGUUCAGCUGGAUGCCACCUCCUGCAGACACUCAGAAUGGAGUAAUAAGGUCUUACAGAGUGUCCGUGUCAGUCACAGAAACACGACAGUCAUUUUUCCUUUUCUUGGAGGGCACUGAGCUACAAUUCAAUUCAGCUCAUCCUUUUUAUACUUACACAUUUUCAGUAGCUGCAGAAACUGUCAUUGGUGCUGGACCAUUUGGGGUAGAUGUUACACUGACUGCCCCUGAAGAUGUGCCUACAGGGGCUCCACAAUCACUUGCGGCCAUAGCUGUCAGCUCUAGCAGUAUUAGAAUCACAUGGAGCCCACCAGCUGAAGAGCAACAAAAUGGCAUAAUUCGAAUGUACCAUAUCAAUGUGACUGAACUUCCAACUGGGAUAGUGCAGGAGACAGUAGCGUAUGGAGAUGAAACUAUUAAGAUUGUGAACAACCUUCAUCCAUACUAUAUGUAUGAGUGUGCUGUUGCAGCUUUUACUGUUGGUCUAGGAACCUCAGCCUUCACACACACACUCACGAAUCCUGCAGUUCCUACAGAUGUACCGCAGAAUGUGGUGGCUGUAGCUAUAAAUGCAACAUAUGCUAAUCUCACAUGGGACCCUCCUCCUCCUGAACACCAGAAUGGUCUCAUUGAGCUCUACCACAUCGCCAUUACAGAAGCUGACACUAACAAACAGUUGAUGCAUACAUCUACUGAUGAGACCACUCUCAUCGGACAACUUCACCCUUACUACACUUACAAAUUCUCAUUUGCUGCUGAGACAGUGGAAGUGGGACCAUUCUCCUCUCAAGUAUCACUGAGAAUGCCACAAGCAGCACCAUCUGGAAUUGUGAGAAAUGUAUCGGUGGUCGUAGAGUCGGCCAGCUCUGUGACAGUCUCCUGGCUGCCUCCUGAAGUCCAGCUCUGGAAUGGGGUUGUGACCGAGUACACAGUGGUCUUUGAGAACCAUGGACCUCUGCAAUAUAUCACUGGAGAAGGCUCUGGUCUUUCUCCUCUCAUGCAGCAGGCAGUCUCUAUCCCUUCCCCAGGACAGCAGCUCACAAACAGUCCAGACCCCUCAUUGGUCUCGCUGCCACUCAAAAUAGAGAGUGUCCUUAUUGAAGGCUUGGAGGAAUAUCAUUCGUACAGCUUUGCCAUCUACCUGGCAAAUUCUGAAGGAACUAGUCCGCUGAGUGAAGCUGCCAUACAAGAGACACCCGAGGCUGCACCUGACGGAAGUCCACAGAAUGUGGUGAUCCAGAUACAGAGUUCCACAUCAGUCAUCAUCAAGUGGGAACCCCCUGAGCUGACCACUCAAAAUGGGGUCAUUAUCAAAUACAACCUCAUUGUGACAUUUGUCAGCAAUAGCACAACUCAAAUGUACUCGGUGCCUGCCAAUGUCCUCUCUAUACGUGUUGAAGGUGUGCAGAAAUACUCAACAGUUUCGGUACAGAUUGCUGCAGAGACAUCUGCUGGAGUGGGCCCCUUCUCCAAAACAGAGUCUGCUUUGACUGAACAAGCUCCUCCUUCUGCACCAAAGCAGGCACUAGUAGAAUUUCUAAACGAGACAGCAGUCGUGGUGUCCUGGUCAACUCCUGACAACCCAAAUGGAAUCAUUCAAGAAUUCCAAGUUAUCUAUACUGGUUACAAUCCAGUGCUUGAGGAAGAAGAAACAAAAGCUGAGAUAGCAAUACUUGAUGGUCCUAAGAUUAUCAAUGUCCCUGCUAAAUUGGAUCGGAACCCUGCCUACUCACUAGUAAUCAGUGACUUGGUUCCAGGUUUGACAUACGAAGUCAAGGUGAGAGCUCGAACUGAUGCUGGUUACGGAGGAAAUAUCACACUAUCCUCAAAACAACCAACACAAGUUACUGACAGAACACAACAGAGCUCUGAAGUAUCAGGAAGUCAGUUGGUUGCUAUAAUUAUUGGCAUCGUUGGAUGCAUUGGAUGGAUCAUUGCCAUAGUGAUCAUCAUCUAUUUUGUGAAACGCCGCUGUGGCAAAAGAAGAACUUACAAACUACCAGAUGGUACAGUGCUGGGUGGUUCACCAGGAGGGCAAUCAGAAGUGUUCCAAAACAAUAGUCCUAUGUUUGAAUUUCCGAGUAAUUCUGAUCAUGAGGGUCCCCAUCGUCAUGAGAUGGAAGAAUAUGACAAUGACGAUAUAGACGGUUAGAAUGAUAGUUCCACAAUUAACAAUGCUUUUAUGAUGGGCCUUGCAUGAUAGAAAAGCUACCUUUGGAUGCGGAUGAGGCAGAAUCUGAAAGCACUACUAAGAUUUAGACUUAUCUUCAAAAACUACCAAGAUUUUUCGCUGUUCCAUUUGUGUUGCUGUGUGCGUGUGUUUAAUGUUUAGCCAGUGAUGUGAAAAGUAGCAUAAACUUAGUCUUGAGGAUGCAGAGCUGAGUAUAUUAUAUAUAAA